GACCUCGUCCUCAGUCUUUGUUGUUGUUGUUGUGAUUUGCAAUCUUACAAACGCGAAUGCAUUGGCAAAUUUGCGCGGUCGUUUCGGUGCUUCUGGUUGUUGCCGCUUGUUCUGCAGCCUCAGCGCAGCAACCACACACAACAACAACAGCAACAACAACUUCAUCAUCAGCAUCAUCAUCAUCGUCGUCGUCGAGUAGCAGUUCAAGCUGGGUUUCGCUGAUCUCGCUCGUCAUGGUCGUCGUAUACUGGUUUGGCACCGAGCGUUACGCACGCCACAGCAGCUCCACCGCCAGAGCCGUCUCCGACAAGUCCACGCGCGCCAAUGUGAUUGUCCUCGUUCUCUGCACGUUCUUCCCGUUCGCUGGUGCGCUGGGCGUGUUUGCAUCGUUUGCGAUUUCGCUGCCUUCGAUCGCGAUCGUGCUCGUGUUUGCGAUUCAAGCAUUCGCAAUCUGGCUGCGUUUCCAUUCCAUGCAAUUGCUCGGCAUCUACUUUACACGCUCGCUCAAGGUGCAGGAGGGCCAGCGAGUGAUCACCGCAGGGCCGUAUGGCUACAUCCGGCACCCAGGCUACCUCGCGAACAUUCUCCUGUUCUUUUCGCAUGCGCUCGUGGUUUCUCAGAAUCUUGCCGUGUUUGCGAUCGUUGCCACGGUCAUGACGGCGCUCUGGACUGCGCGCAUCAUUCUCGAGGAGCGAAUGCUCGUGUCCGAGCUCGGUGCGCAGUAUGUCGACUACCAGCGCCGGACGAAGCGCAUCAUUCCGUUUGUCCUGUGAUGGGCAGUCGUGUGUGCGCGGCGAGCAGGAGCAAUGAGCGCGAUGAAGAGAGAGAGAGAGAGAGAGCGGUUUUUGUGCUUUUCGUUUGCGUCCUGUGCGCUGCGCUACUCUUUGCUUGUUUUCAUGCCAUUGCAGUUUUGUGCAUCACUUCACUUAACUUGCUUAAUCAUCAUUGUUUUUGUUUUCGUGAUUCAUAAUUUUGUUUUUUCCCGCCAAAAAACUUCCAAUAAUAAAAACACAAAAAAUCCAAAA